AUGCCGGAUUGGAGGAUCUAUCACCCGACAGGUACCUUUACAGAUCCUGAUCACAAAGAACAGCUCUCACAGGCAAUUACCUCGAUAUAUACACAUGUUAUUCCCGCCUUCUACGUUGUUGUCUUAUUCAUUGAGAUGCCUGCAGCCACCAUGUACCGAGCUGGGAUUCCAUGUCAGCUGACAGAAGGAAAGAAACCCUUUGUCAGGCUUACAUUCAGCCAUAUCGCUAGGCACUUUCCUCCUGGCGAGAGCCCUCAGAGGACUCGCUUUAUGAAUGCCGCCCAUGAUGCCUUGAAGCCAUUUAUUGCGGACAAAGGCUAUGAUUGGGAGGUCAACGGCGAGGAGCUCGAACGCGAAUUUGUGCACAUUAAUGGUUUCAGGAUUCCUCCUACUGACUCUGAGGAUGAAAAGAGGUGGAUCCGCGACAAUGAACCGUCUCCUUGGGGUCCUUAUCUCCCAAACUAG